CUCUCUCUCUCUCUCACGUACACACGCCGCCCGCCAACACCAUGUCCGACCACCAAUACAAGUUCAACGUCAGCAUGAGCUGCGGCGGUUGCUCCGGUGCCGUGGAACGAGUCCUGAAGAAGCUCGAGGAACCGCUUCGCUGACUUUCUCUCCUCCUCCGCAGGUGUCAAGUCUUUCGACGUCAACCUGGAAUCCCAGACCGCAAACGUUGUCACCGAACCUUCUGUGCCCUACGAUACCGUGCUGGCUACGAUCAAGAAGACUGGAAAGACGGUCAACAGUGGAGAGGCUGAUGGCCAGACUAUGAGUGUCUAAAAGAAAGAAAAGAAAAAGGAAAACGAACAAAGAAAGAGCAAAAUCAGAAGAAUCAUAUGGAUCCCGGGGUUGGCCUUGGGGAGGUGACGAAGCUUUCGUCCGAAGGGGGCAGUGUUAUGCAUGCAUAUAUUGAAAUAAUAGGAAGAGGGGCUACUGCUUUGGGUAGUGUUGCGAGAUACCCUGAUACCCCUGACCUGCUGCUGCUGUCUGCAUGGUUGUAUAUAGCGCAAUUAUUUGACUACGUUCGCAUCGUUUUGUGA